AUGGCGGACGCUCUAUCCAUCGAGCAAAAUAACAAGAUCCGUGUCGCCUUGGGUCUUAAGCCACUCCCUGUCCCCGGCGCCGGACCUGAAUUCAAAGAAGAUGACAGCUCCUCCGGCGAGGAGGAAGAGCCCGCGAGCACAGUCGAGACGCGACAGGCAGCAGGAUACGACAACUGGAAGAAACUUCAAGAUGACUUCGAAGCGAAACGGAAGCGCGAAGAAAAGAACGCCGCCAUUAAGCGUGCGCGCGAUAUCGCCCAGCGGAAUCUCAAGCUCGAAGGAUCUACACUAGGAGAAGCGAAUGGCGACGAACUCGAUACAAAGGCUUGGUUGAUGCAAUCUAAGAAGCGCUCGAAGAAGAUCGAAAAGGAACGCGCUCGCAAACUUGCUGAGGAACUUGAAGAGCGGGAACGCGCCGCGGCCGCUGAGUACACUGCAGCCGAUCUCGCUGGAAUCAAAGUUGGACACUCCGCCGGUGAUUUCGAUGGUGGCGAAGAUCACAUUUUGACGUUGAAGGACGCUGCGGUGGAUGAUGACGAGGAGGGCGAUGAGCUCCAGGAUGUCAACCUGGUCGAAAAAGAGAAGACGGAGGAGAAGCUGGAGCUUAAGAAGAAAAAGCCCGUUUACGAUCCCACAGCCGAAAACCAAGGCAUUCUUUCACAAUACGACGAGGAGAUUGAUGGCAAGAAGCGCAAGCGAUUUACACUCGAUGCUCAAGGCUCGACGGAGGAGGAACGAGAAGCAAAGCGUCAGGAGGUUUCUGAUCGCUUGAAGAAGAACGUUAUCAGCCUCGAAUUUGAGCCUGAAGUACCAUCAUCCGAUUACAUGGAUAUCAGCGAGGUCAAAAUUAAGAAGCCGAAGAAGAAGAAGGCCAAGGCGACGAAACAGAGAGCCGUCAUGGACUACGAUGAUAAUGUCCCAUCGGAGUCAGCAGCACAGGGUCCGGCAAUGGAUAUUGAUUCCAAGGGUGGGAUUCCAGUUGCUGGCCCCCGCAAAACCGCCAACCAAGAUGUCUCUUUCGUCGAUGAUGACGACCUCCAAGCUUCUCUUGCCUUGCAACGACGAGCAGCAUUCAAGAAGCGCAAGAAGAUCAGCCCAGAGGAACUGGCCCGACAACUUCGAGAAGACGAAGAACAGACUCCAAUGGAGGUAGAAAACGAAGAUGAGGAAGGACCAGGCCUCGUUAUCGACGAGACCUCCGAGUUUGUGUCGAAUCUACAAAAGCCUACGCUUCCCGAACGGGACGAGAGACAUGCAUCCACCCCCGCCGCGGAGAAAUCCGCGGAACCACAGCCGGAGCCCGAGACAGACGGCGUGGAAGUGGAUAUGGACCGUUAUGCCCACAUUGAAGACGAAGAAGAGCUGGCAGCACAAAUCAAGCGCGACGAACAAACCAAGGCUGAACCACAACAACAGCUCACCGGCACCGGAUUGGAAGAGGAGUCUACUCUGGAUACGGGUCUGGCUGCUACCUUGUCGAUGUUGAAAUCACGCGGCCUGGUGAAAGAAAGCAACAGCAGCAGUCAAAAUGCGCUCAUGCGCGACCGCCAACGCUUCUUGCAGGAAAAGAACAACCGUGAGUCCGAAGCCGAGAGACGUGCCCGUCAACAGCGUGAGCGAGACCGUGCCUCUGGUAAGCUGGACCGCAUGUCAGCCCGUGAGCGCGAUGAGUACGCACAGUUGGAGAACAAGCACCGUGACCAGCAAGAGGCGCGACAUACCGCCGAGGCAUUUAACAAGGAGUACAAACCCGAUGUCCAGCUUCGCUACGUGGAUGAAUUCGGUCGCAACAUGAACCAGAAGGAGGCGUUCAAGCAACUCAGUCACCAAUUCCACGGCAAGGGCAGUGGCAAGAUGAAGACCGAGAAGCGCUUGAAGAAGAUUGACGAAGAGAAGAAGCGCGAGGCCAUGAGUACCCUGGACAGUAGCCAACACACCGGUAUGAACAACGCUGUGGGAACUGCUGCGCGCAAGAACCGCCAAGCUGGAGUGCGCUUGGGUUGA